AUGCAUUUCAAGUUCUCCUUCCUCGUCGUCGUUACUGCUUUGGUAGCAUGCAUGUCUGUCACUGCAUGCAGUCACCGAGGUUAUAUGUGCAAAAUUGACGGUGAUUGCUGCAGUGGCUUUCACUGUAAUCUGAAGUCGACUGUUUACCGAUGGGCUGGCAGCCUGUCCAUGAGCACAUCUGGACAAGACAUGAGGAGCGAUUUCAAUGUCGAGAUUUGUGCUGCGUCAUUCAGAACAAUUGUCAUUCGUCAUUACGAUUAUGUCGAGAACAUCCGUGGCGUGCCAUUACCCUCCUCAAAAUCACUGGAGUUUGAUGGGUGCACCAGCAAGGAGUCGACACUUCAAACUUCCCACAAGCGACGACUAUCUCUGCUGCACUGCAUGAACAAUAUCUUCAUCUUUCUUGGCGUACCUUUGAAUCGCUGUACCACGCUUUGUUCCUGGUGGCCUCGCCGUGUCACCAUGCUCAAGCUCGUAGCCAAGGGUGAUUUUGUCAUGAAAUUCCCGGAUAGCAUGGUAUUCGAAGGCGUUGGUCCGACCAUGGUGCCACAUAUUCAUGGGGGACCAGUUCUGUCACGCAAGGAGAGAGAAUAG